AUGAAGUGCCAUGAGUCCAAGAAAUUGACACUUGCUCAGGUUGGACAAUUUGCUAAUUGCUUGGUGGAGGCUAGAAAUGAGUUACAGCACAAGGCUGAUGUCAUUCAACGUAAAUUCACAAUAACAAAGGCUCUACUAUUCAAGGCAGACAGAUCUUCUUUUGACCGCCUUCGUCAACAGAUAUGCAAGCUAGAGUUAGAACAGAAGAGACUGGAAGAGGAUGCGUCUGUCUACAAUUGGCUUCAACAACAGCUUAAGCUUUCACCAGCAUACAAUAAGAUGCUUGAAAUUAGUGCCUGCAUGGAGUUGAAGGCCAAAUCCAGAGAACAAGUGGAGAGCACAGAUGUGGAAUAUAGUGAAAUAUCAUUUGAAGAGUUACUAGCGCAAGAAAAGAAGGACUCAUUCUGGCAGAAGAAUAGGAAAUCAAGAUCAUGCUCGAGCUGA